AUGGGGAGGUUUAACACUCUCCCAAAAGAGAUCAUACUAGAAACUCUAACUGGGUUACCUACUGAAUCGGUUAUAUGCUGCAAAUUGGUAUGCAAACUAUGGAGAGAUCUUGUUCAUGAUUCAUCCUUUUCUAAGAUGCACUUGAAUCAUCUCAAUUCUGUUGAUGAUGAUUAUGGUAAGUUGAGUUUUAUUAUCAUGAGUCGUAAUCAAGAGAUGAUAAAACUUUAUUAUAUUGAGUAUGAUGAUGAUACAUUGUUUAGUAAGAAAACAAGGAUGAAUUUAAUCCCUCCAUUUGGGAAAUAUUCUUUUGUUGGUUCAUACAAUGGUUUGAUUUGCUUUAACAAAUGGUGCACUUUUUAUGAUUAUUCUUAUCGUGGACCUGCUUGUAUCUGUAAUCCAAUUACAAGAGAAUAUAUAAUGCUUCCAAAUAUUCAAGGAUAUGACCCGUGGACUGGAUUUGGGUAUAUUCCUUCAACCAAUGAGUACAAGGUUGUUAGAAUCUCAGAUGAUGGAGUUAUUCAGGUGUACACACUUGGCAGUGGCAAUGGAUGGAGAAAUGUGGGAGAGAUGGACUUGGUUAAACCACCAUUUUCUGGUGUGGUUGCUAAUGGAGCUCUUCAUUGGUUGAACCACCACCAAGGAACCCUUUUUGCUUUCGAUUUGAAAGAUGAAAAGUUUAGUGAGCUUACACCACCAUCUUGUUUGACACCGAAUGCUCAUCCAGAUUAUGCUUGUAGAUUAAGGGUUUUAGGGGAUUUCCUAAGUGUUAUUUAUUAUCGUGAUCAUGACAGUUGCGUUGAUAUAUGGUUAUCAAAAAAGAAUGAAGAUAAUAAUGAGUUGAGCUGGAGCAAAGAGUUUACCAUCGAGAGUUGUAUGCCGCUGUAUUUUGAGUUUAUGAAGAGUGGUAAGAUUCUGUGCUAUGGGAGUGGCAACAUUUAUAAUUACGAUCCAAAAGCUUCAUCUGCCAGGCCCAAAAUAGAUGUGAGUUUUGGCAAGUGUACAAUUUCUCAAGCAAUCCGUCACAUGAAUACAUUAGUUUCAUUAAAAGUAUUAGGAGAAAAGAAUGCAAAGAAAAUGGAUUCUGGUAGAAGAGCAAGUUCAAGUUAG